GAAACCUAUCAGCUCCACCGUCGGAUCCACCCGCCCCUUUCCUUUGUCGAGCUGUGAUUGGGUCUUUGAUUGAAAAUUAUGCGCGAACCCUCACUUUACGCAUCUUUGUGCAAAUACGAACUAAAUGUAACCAUACUUCCUCCAGUUACCCACACCUCACUUUCCUUCCACAGAUUCUUCACAUCCUUACUCUGGUCCUUACUUUGGUCAUUCGUUUCUCCCUCAUCACCCUAUUAUUAUAUCCAUUCCUAAUCCAUCAUUGCGUUUCCCUUAUUUUCCCCCGGAGGUGUUCAACUUCUACCUCAACACCUUACGCUCUUUUACUCAAUUUCCUAUUAUCUGCGCAACGUCCCGAUAACACAGUACAGCAUUUCGCGUUGCGUGAAUAACUGACGACGAAACAACUGGGUCUGACCGGCAAACCGUGCUUCAGAUUUAAAAUUAAUAUUUCCCAUCAUCACCCACCCACGUGUCACAUAAAACCUCAUCUCAAUAAAAACCUUAAGAAGGGGAGGGACGGAUAAUAUCCAUUAGUUUCUUGCCCUUCUCAUUCUCGACCAAUUCUAGUAUUAUUAUACUUUACUAGUCGCCAUGCAUUCGACGCGACUUAUCCAUCUAAUGAUGGCGGCACUGUCGGUGACCGCUGUCACUGGAGUAGCUUGGCUCGAUAAUCAGCACGCUGGCGCAGGUCAACUCGCGGUCAGGGCGGACAAGCCGGAAGAUCUCAUCUCACUUGGUCCUGCUCUCAACGCCGAGUCUACCACCGAUGCACCUGCUGCCGAUCCAACCACAUCCAGUGGCGAUGCAGCAAAUGAUUCGGUAACAUCGGCUCCUCCCGCGGAAACCACGUCUGAUACACCAACUACCUCUAAUACUCCCACACCAACGCCUACAACAAGUGAUGGACCUGCCCCAACGCCUACAACGUCUGACAGCCCAAUCCCGACAACUACGGAAGCAACUACGGGAGGAACGACGGUGACGACGCCUCCGGCAACUACGACUCGCGCAAACCCUUCGUCCGCGGCCCCGACUCCCUCGUCGACAUCCAGCGGCGGCAGCAGCGGUGAUGAUACAACCGAAGUUCCUCAGACGACGCCGCCACCUGUGACAUCUACGUUCAUCACCGUAAUUACUUCUACUGACGCGGCGGGACAGACUCAUGUCAGCUCAUCUUCCAGCGUUAUCGUAUCGACGCCUUCUCCUGUUGCCGAUACCAGCGGCAACAAGGAAUCAGGAAUGAGCCCACAAGUCAGAAAUACGAUCAUUGGUGUCUGUGUCGGUGUUGGUGGCGCUAUCGUCCUGGCAGCUGCAGGCGUGCUAUUCUGGAGACUUCGUAACAACAGGCGAAGCCUGGAAGAGAACGAGGAGCUGGUCAGCUACGGCGAUGGAUUUGGAGGUCCCGGAACCGCAGAGAAGUCGGAACCUAGCGGUAGUACCGCCGGCCGCAGCCCGUUCCAGAGCACCCUCGAGAGCUACCACGCGCCGGCGCAAGCAAACGCUGCUUCUAACUUCUAAGCGGGGGCAAUAUAUAUUAUCCCAGCAUCAAUCUCGUCUCCUACUGAUUACGCGGGGUUAUUUCAGUCCCGCCGGCGUUAGGGUUGAAGGUAUUCAUUCGCAUGGCAUCACAUCGUUAUUACGCUGCCCACAUUUUCAUAAGCCGAUAUCCACGAGGAAUAGAAAAAUAUCCCCUGUAUUUUCAAGUUACGACGUAUACUAGAAGAAGGCGAAGAGGACCGCGUAGUCCCACGAGACCACGCGCAAAGAUCGUCGUCUAAUUGCAGCAGCUCUGGUUAGAGGCGGCAGAUAGGCUCGGCCGAGCAUGAAAGGAGGGAGGAAGCUCUACGACGCGAGUCUACGUAGCUGAGAGAAAUGAAAGGAGAGUGUGAAUGUUUGUAUACAGCUUCGUAAUACCAGCUUCUUCGAUUCUGCAAAACUAAAGUAUAUAUGCAUUAAUGCAAAAGUUAUCCCUAUCA